GCAACGCACAGUCAUCUUCGUUGGCCAGAUCUUAGCCGAGAGUGGAUUCGUCGUCAGCAAGCUAGGAUCGCUAGAGUUGAUUGGGAAUCGAGACUUCCUUGUGUACUCGGUACUCGCAGAUCACGUCCCUCCUUAUUUACUCGGAAGCAGCAAAAACUUCUCAACAAAGCCAGAGAGAUGGAGGGAAUCCCGGAUUUGAGCGCGUUGCUUAAAGGGAAGCUUCAGAUGCUUUCGUCAAAAUCGUCUUCUGCUGGCGCCUCAGAGGUCAGGCCUACUCCCGCAGACGGUGACGCGAACUCGGAGCCGCCAGCUCGCACCCCUCCGAAGAAAAGGGCCAGCAAAAGCAAGAAACAGAGCCAAAAGGAACAGCCUUCUCCUCUUGAAGGGAAUGUUCCUUUGGAAAUGGCCCCGUCUUCCGCUGAUGCCUCUGAAGUCGCGGCGAAGAAAAAGAAGAAGAAGAAGGACGGCAAGAAGAGGUCUCGCGAGGAGACUUCUAUCGAACCUGCGGAGACUUCAGCGGCUGUAGGGAGUGACGAUGCGGGAAGACCCGACCCGAUCGAUUCAACUCGGGGGUCGUCUGAAGAACGUCCCAAGAAGAAGGCUAAGAAGACAACCGCGGGGGAUGAAGGCCGACGUGAGGGGACCCCCAUUCCCGAGGGCCCUUCUAAAAGCGGGGGAAGGACUUCUGAAACUGGAGGCGGCUCUCGGGAUGAGUCUCCAUCGAGUAGAAGAGCCCCUUCUUCUUCCGCGAGGAGGAAGGACGGUGAGAGUGGAGGUUCUCUUCCGCAGAUGUCAGGAAGAGGGUUCCCAGAUCGCGUAGAGUUCUUGUACGACGAGAAGACUCCGCUGGUGCUGAACCCGCUUCAAUGCGCAGAGUUAACCCGUCAGAUCCGUGGCGGGACGAAGGAGUUGCCACCACUCGAUGACUUGUACUUCAAGAAGGAGUACAUUGAUGCAGCCAUGGCGAGCAAAAGGAGCGACGGAAGCAUGAAUUAUCUCGUUGAGAAGUACGACAGCACCUUGAAGCAGACGAUGGUUCAGCUGGGCGCCUCGGAGAAGCUCACACGAACCAGGUUGGGCGUGAUCGAGAGGUUACGUGCUGAAAACAAAAAGGCCGGCGACAAAGCGGCCAAAGAGAAAGAGGUCCUCCGAGUUAAAUUUGAGGAGUUGGAAGACAAGCUGAAGUCUGACCGUCUCGCGAAGAAGGACGCUUUACGCGAGAAAACUCGCUUAGAGCGGUUGGUCACUUCCCUCGAGAAAGAGAAGGCCGAGCUCGAGGAAGAGAGGGACGCUGUCGUUGGAACGCUGGUCAAAGAGAGGCAACGUCUGAGGGACUCUAGGGUUCAGGAGGUCACCCGCGAGAGGAUCAAGGUUCAAACGGCUAUGGCGGACAAGUCUACUCGCUGUGUAGGUAAGAUGAAGGGCUAUCUGGAUCGCCUUAACGCGCUAGAGAAGGCCAAGAGUCUAUACGGGCAGGCUUCAGGGACGAAAAAGUGCCUUGAGAUGAUAAGAGAUAGCGGGACUGAGAUCCCGCAGAGUAUGAUCGACAUCUUUUCGGAGCAGGAGAAGGUGCAUGAGGCUGAAGUCGCCAAACUCCGCCUCGAGCCAUUCUCCGAGGAUGACUUUGCUCUCUCUCCUCUCAACCUCCCUUCUCGAUUUGUAAGUGAAGAGCUCAUGGGGGUACUCGACCCGUACGGAUCGAAUGUUGGUUUGAUUGGCCACGAAUCGGCUUCCCAGUUGAUCACUUCCCGCGAGGCGACCGAAGAUCCAGUCGAUGAGCCGAUGGUAGACAUUACUUCCGCUCUGUCGGAGCGUAUUGUCGUUCCCGAAGGAACUGCCAUCGAGGAGCGUCCCGACGGGAACGAUCCCGAGGAGGCCGGGGACGCGAUUCAAGCAGACACGGGGGAUGUAGCCGCCGAAGAUUUGAUCCUGGUUUCUUCGUCUGAGGAGCGAGAAGAGGACGAGGUGGGUGAGGAGGAGAACAGGUCGUCGCCGGCACUUAUCGAAGAGACGGUCCCGAACCUGUCAGUUUCAGACCCUCCUGCUCAGGUUGAAGGCCUUGACGCUCAAGCCGUUGAAGAAGAAACGGUUGAACCGCUUGACCCGAGCAGGGACGACCAAGACAUUGUCGUUUGAUCUUGUUGUAUGUAAUAUUAGGAUGCUUUCAUCGGUGGUCUUGAUAGACCUUGUUGUUGUACUUUAAGACUCUUUUUCCUUUGUGUUUCCUGUCAGUAUUUGCAACUCUUUUAAGCGAUUUCAGUUAUCUGUUGUGUUUGGAAACAUCAGAUUUUUUUAUCCUUAAUCUUUUGCAAAUAGACAAGUGAUGAACCGGUAAUUGGUUUUACUCGGCUGUCAUCAUGUUUCGAUUUGGAGUUAUAUCCGUGCAAGUUGUCCAAUUUCGAUAACAAAGAGUUGAGUAUAAGAGUGGAAGGUUCUUAUGUCCGUUUCCUCAGUGACAAUUAAGUAACCGGGUAGUUAAGCCGUUACAUUUUAGUCGAGAAAAGGCAAAGAUUCACUCUGUUUAGUCGGUUCAAUGCUUAGGCAUAGGUGAAUCGCGACUAUUAAGGUCCUGGAGCCAAGUGUCUGAUCAGGACAUAGCUGUAAGCAAAGGAGCGUGAGUGUCCGCGUGUCCUCUGCUGGAGGCACGGGAGCCAUUCGAUAUGAAAGUCAUUAUUUAUUCGAUUGAGACCUAGGUAAGGUUUUGACUUUGGU